AUCACUUUGGCUCGGUUCAGCCACUAGAACAUACGCUGUUCAGUCAGUCAGUCAGUCAGGCUGGAUGCUGGGUCACGAUGCUCUCUAUCCUUUCUCCAUCAGGCAGUGAAGACUCAAGCUAACGAUGACGAGACAGAAGGAUGAAUAAACGGAUUUAUGCGUUUCAGCGCAUAUCAAAUGCGGGAUGCCCGUGUCCCUCGGUAAAGGAACGGCGCCGUGAUCACGUACAAGUUCGUGAAUACGAAGAACGCGUAUUAUACGCAGGAAUCUGUCGUAAAAUACGUCCUGGGCUCUGUACUCCGGCGUGAAAGUAGAGAAUACGAGUCUGAGUGCUUCAGAUGAUCGCAUAGGAUAUUUUCUCAACGCGCAACCGAGCUUAUGUUAGCAGCCGCGCGCGGAACACUCGGAGAGUCCGGGGGAAUCCGGCGGAUUUCUGACGGAGGCCAUAUUAUUAUGCCGCUCGAAAAUGUACCCGAAUAAUCGGAUGACAGCACUCCGAUCCAUCGAAGGGAAACUUUCGAGCUCAGUUUACACGGUGGGCUUGCAAUAAAAGGCUGCUGGUGGUGUGGCUAGCAUGCAGCCGAAGCACAUCGACUGAACGCUGCGUCGCUCGCUUCUCGGGUCGGCUAAUGUUCAUGAGGCGUGUGUGGGUCCUGCGAUCUCAAGAGCCCCACUCCCUUAUAGGGAGACCUGAAUCCGAGCUUCUCUACGGGCCAUAGAUUUGCCUAGCCUGACUGUCAUUUCAUGUAUGGAUGGACGCGUGCAUGCUUUGACAGAAUCCUGCGUGCAUCGUUGCAGCUGGCACAGGAGGGGCAGAUAUACAUUGGAUCCGUUUAAUUUGUCUCCCUAAGAACACUACGUAAGGCUGCAGCGUACGCUAGGAAUAAUAUCGGGUGACAUUGCAGUCUCUCUCUCUCUCUCGGAGAGAUAUAACGUAAGCUCUUCUCGCUUAUUACGUCUGUCAAAGGAAGGGAAGGUGGAGCAUUGUCCGUCGUACGUGCUGACGCAGUGGGAUUUCUACGUGUGGUCUGCGUUUCGACCCGCCCUUCCCGCGGAGACGGUGAUGGGUCGGAAGCGGUGUGUCGGUGCAGAUUGUUCGAAGAUGGCGGCCGGGUGCUGCGGGGUGAAGAAGCAGAAGUUGUCGGGAUCCCCCGGGGCGGGGGGUCCCGGCGGGGCGGGGAGCGGGGUAGCCGGGACAGGACAUUGUGGAUCGGAAUUGGGGAUCGGGUCGUCGUCGACUGUCGUGGCCGGGAACGUGAAUCGGGUGAACGGCCUGGGGGGUCCUGGGGGUAGUAGUAGCAGCAGCAGCAGCAGCAGCGGCAGCAGCAACACCAAUGCUCUGUCCCCAACUCCAGGAGGCUACAACUCGACUGGCCUCUCCCCGACUCUCAGUCCGGGACCUGGCUCGGGAGGCAGGAAAAUGGUCGUUUCGGCGGAGAUGUGUUGCUUUUGCUUCGACGUGCUUUAUUGCCAUCUAUACGGAUACCAGCCUCCUCGAACACCCAGGUUUACAAACGACCCCUACCCACUGUUUGUCACUUGGAAAAUCGGCCGGGACAAGCGGUUAAGGGGUUGUAUAGGUACAUUUUCUGCCAUGAACCUGCACUCAGGACUCAGGGAGUACACCCUUACUAGUGCCCUUAAAGACAGUCGCUUUCCCCCCAUGACGAGGGACGAGCUGCCGCGCCUCUUCUGCUCAGUGUCUCUGCUCACCAACUUUGAGGAUGUUGGUGAUUACUUAGACUGGGAGGUGGGUGUUCACGGCAUUAGGAUAGAAUUUUUUAAUGAAAAAGGAUCAAAGCGCACCGCCACCUACCUGCCAGAGGUUGCGAAGGAGCAAGGAUGGGACCACAUUCAGACCAUAGAUUCCUUACUUCGAAAGGGAGGUUACAAAGCUCCCAUCACAAAUGACUUCAGGAAGACUAUUAAAUUGACCAGGUACCGUAGUGAAAAGAUGACAAUGAGCUACGCAGAAUACAUCGCCCACCGCCAGCAUCAUCACUACCAGAAUGGCAUCGGGCACCCUCUCCCUCCAUACAACCAUUAUUCCUGACAGCGAGCCGCAUGACCAGUCACUGGACCUCUCUGCGGACAUCUUCCCAGGAGAGCCCGCCUCCUCGUGGUCUAGCUAUCUGUACUACUGUACCAUUUUAUGAUGAUAGUUUCCGUUGCCAUGUCGACAGUCAGAUGGAGGCAUGGCAGCGGGUGCAAAUAAGCAUUAGGUGAUUAUAAAGCGAAAAAAUUCAUUUUGUCAUUUUUAUUAUUUGUAUUAAUUUAGUUUUUGCAGCAUAUAUAUAUAUAUAUCGACCCCUUCCUUUUUUUUUUUAAGCAAAUAAACAAGUACUACGUUUUUUUGUCAUUUCAACAAAUUUCCUAAUCAGGUUUCUAAGUCUGUGGAUGGAAAUAAGUCAUAUUAAAUGAUGGGCUAGUUUUGAAGAUAGUAAACUUUUAUCUAUGCUUUGUGACUUGCGUAAUUUUUUUCCCCCUUUUAUUGUUUCUUAUUAGUUUGACUUUUUAUCAUGUAGGCAACCACAGGGUUUAAGGGAUGUUCUUUCCUCUCUGUGUAAUUCCUCUGAUUAUUUUCCUUUUAUGAGGGGUGAUUUUUCUGUUUUCCUUUCUUUUUUUGUAAAUGUUGUGGGUUGUAGGGUGAGGCGGAGUUAGGCAAUGAAGAACUAGUUAAGUCUUGUUUGUUUUUUAAUGUUGACUCAAACUCGUCAGAUAAUUGAAACCACUAUAAUAAAUUUGCUGUUGGGGAUACCAGAAUAUUUGCCAUAAUGCAAAGGCCCGUUGCUCUUAGCAUUAUUGGUGUUGAUUUGAAUUGAAUUUACUUAAACAGUCAGUUAACCCUUUUUUGUGUAGAUUUGCUACACUUUGUGUUUAAAAAAAAGAAAGAAAAAAAAAAAGCAUAUUAAUCUGCUAGUAAUUAACAUGAUUUCUCAUGUUGACGUGUUGUAUUAGUGUUUGUUAGUGUUGUUCGUGAGAUCGCAAGUAGAAGUCUGUGUUCAGAAUAAGGGAGUAAACGAAUGAAGAGUUUUAUAGUAGGAGAUUAAAGUUAGUUAAAGGGACAGUUCACCGCAAAAUGAACAUUCUGUCAUCAUUUAUUCACCCUCGAGUUGAUCCAAACCUGUAUGGAUUUCUUUAAGAAGAUAUUUUUAGGAAUAUGGGUAACCAAACAGGCCUAGGGCCCCAUUGACUUCAAUAGUAUGGGGAAAAAAAGAAAUACUAUGGAAGUAAAUGGAGCCCAUCAACUGGAUGGAGCCAAUCUUUUGUGUUCGACAGAAGAAAGAAACUCAUACAGGUUUGGAACAACUUGAGGGUGAAUAAAUGAUGACAGAAUGUUCAUUUUGAGGUGAACUGUCCCUUUAAGGUCAUUUCGGUUCAUAACUGACCUCAUGGCCAGAAAGCUGUCUGAAUUUGUCUGUUUUGUUUUGCUCCUAUUUUGUCACACAGAGAGGAAAACCUUUUGAGAGACCAAGGUCAAAUGACAGGGACAAGCUAAAAAAAGCCAUACUUUUUUCUUCUUCUUCUUUUUUUUUUUUUAUGCAGUCUGUGGCAGGGUGGUUGCUCUAAAUGGCUAUUUUUUUAAUUCAUUUUUCUCCUGGCACGGCUAAUUUUUUUUUUUUAAUGAUCUGGUCUUGUGUAUAAAUGUUAAUUUCUGUCUGGCAUGGCAGCAAUGUUUACAUCUCCGUACAAAUGCCACUAUAUUUCCAGUUGCUGUAUUUGAGAAGAUCAUUGACAGAUGCUAGUGUGGCUUUUUAACCCCCUCGACAUCAUGCGGUGAAGUUUGUUUGAAUAGUGUUGUCAGGAAGUUAAUUUUAAAAACAAUGGUUAUAUCUGUCUCCAUUUUCUCUGACGAUUUGUACUAUGUCAGGUCCAUUCUGAAAAGACCACGUCUCGGUGUCUCAUUUUUUUUUUUUUUUUUAAACCGCGUGUCGUCUUAUCUGUAGAUGCAGUGAAUUAGCUUUGGAGUUUCAGUUUUUUGACUGACUCUGAAAGGAAAAAUGGGAGAGGUUCUUUUGAAAACCAGAAAACUAUUUCCUGUCAUUUGUUUUCAUAUGCAAAAUGUUAAGGGCUUUUGGGGUUCCAUCCACAGUCAUUAUCAAGUUCACUAGAACCUAAAAAAACAAACAAAAAAACAACCUGAUUUCAGUUGUGUUGCCUUAAAAAUGGUUAUAACAUGGACCAGCAAAUGUUGCCCAGAGUGCUCAACUAACAGAUUAUUUUGGCCGGCAUCACGACGUGACGGUUUUGACCAGCAACUUCAGCCAUUGUGCGCGAAGUUUUUGAGCAAAGAUGUCUGUUUGCCAAACGUCAAGUGUUAAUCAUGUUGUUUUUUUAAUAUUGAGGCCCUCCACUGCCCAGUUGUGACCCUUUUUGUUUUUUAAAUAAUAAUUUGCUUCUCUAAAUCCAACCAAUAGUGUGACACGUUUGUGGUGUCGCAGUCUUUUAAUAACCCUUUAAAUAUCUGCCUCAGUUUUGAACCCAGUUAUUGUUUCAUAGUUGGACAAUCAGGGCCUCAUUUUUGGUCCAUUAAAACAGCACAAACUGAACCUUUUUUCAUUUAUUUAUUUUUUUUGCUGCAAAACCAAGUCUUUGCAUUUAAGAAAAUUUGAUGUAUACAAAUUUGCAAUACAUUCGUUGCAUGAAUAGGAGGCCUCCUGUUAAACAUGGCAUGCUUGUUUCACUGCUAUAUAGAUAUGAGAAAACAGACUAUAUAAAAUGGUGCUAUUGGACCUCAUGUUGGGGGUGGUCGCAGUAAAUGUGACUGGUCAUGCGGACUCAUUGAUCAUAUCAGACUUUUUAUUAUCCUCAAUAUAUGCAGAUCUGUUUUACAGGUGUUUUUUUCCUAUCAGUGUAACAAAAUCUCCUGCAGGUUUGAAAGGACAAGUAGUGACGAGUCUAACCCCAUCUUUCCCUCAUGGCCUGGGGGACACGGGCAUAUGCUUAUAUCAUCUGUUAUAGAUGUGCACAUUUACGCAAUACACAAUUACCCUGGAGUUUCACUCUUUGUAUCCGUUGUUGAAUGCUGUCUGUCCGCAUUCAUUUACAUUGCCAUUUUGAACUACGGCUGGCUUAACCAGCCGAACGCUGUUGCCGAAAUAUGGCCAAAGCGAUAAUGAUGUUCAAUGUGCUGAGUUUACUUUACUAACAAUGUUUGUUCAAAUAUCCUUGGUUUUUUUUUUUUUUGCAAUUGAUGCUGUGAUGAAAGACAUUUGUUGGUUUCUUUCAUAGUGCUACAUGUAUGUGUCUAUACAUUAAGUUGCAAGGUUUUUCAAAAAUUAGCUUUUGUGAUUCCUAGUGUAGUUUGAACAUGCACUUUGGGGACAUUAACUUCAGCAAUCCCCGGCACAUUUGAACACUGUAGAAACUCUCAGCACCUGUCCUACAGUUACAUUGCUCAAAGAUGAGUCAAAAGUUGUGGCCCUUUUUUUAUUUUCUCAUUACACUGUCCUUCAUUUUCUGUAACUUUUAACACAACUGGGACUAGUGCUUGGUAAGUAUAGCUAAUGCUCAUUUUAGGCAUAAAUGUUGGGUUGUCACACCUACAUACGAGCUUCACAUUUACUGUUAAAACCAUAGUCAUUUGGAAGUUAGGCUCAUGUUACCUUUGUGUGUUCAACCGAACCAAAGAUGCCUCCAGCCAUGUCCAAAUGCUGCUCUACAGACCUGCCUUCCUGUCCUUCCAAAAACCUUCCCUGCAAGAGAAAUGUCUUUUUGUUUUUGUGUAUUUACUUUUUUUUUUUUUUUUCUUUUGUACAAUUUCUAAUAUUGUUUUAGGUUUUUAGCUACCUAAGUUCAAUGAAUUUUCAUUGUAGCUGUUUCUGAAACCUUGCACGGUGUCUAUGACCGUAAUACUAGGUUGCACUUUUUUUUUUAUUUUGUUUUCAUCAUUGUUAUUAUUAUCUAUUUUUGUAAAGAAAGAAAACCCCAUAGCGUGCCUCUUAGAUUUAUGGGUUUCUUAAUGUUUUUUGUUUUUUUUUCCUAAGACCAGCAGUUAUACUUUAUACAAAAGAUGAGCUAAUCCUUAUUUUUAAAUGCCAUUUAAGGAGAAAAAAAAAAAAGCCUUUUUUCCUUUACUCUGGACCCAGUAGCUGCACUGGCAUACAAUCGCACUGAUAGAUAUAGGGGGGAAAAAACUAUAAAUAAUAAUAAUAAUAAUGAUGAUGAUGAUAAAAAAUAAAUGUAAGAACUAUAAUAAACUUGUUUAAAAACUUUUUUGUAAAAAAAAAAGUUAAAAAAGUAAACAUAAUGACUGUUUUUGUACAUCAAGUUAAUUCUUUUCAAAAAAAAAAAUAUUUUGGACCUAGUUUCUAAUUAUUAUUUUAGUGGUUUUCUAUGUUCUGGAACUUUGAGAAGAUGAGUUUUGAAUGUGCCCUUCGAUGAUUGACAUCUUGCAGUGUUGUCAUUGCGGGCACUGGGGUUGCCUGGUGUAGCCCCCUAUGCCCACCACUUUGUUUUAUUUCUGUUUUGAGUUUGGAUUCUCUCUUGCUUUAGGAACUUAAAAUUGCUGAAGUAACGACUUGGUGAAAAAAAAGAAAAAAGAAAAAAAAAAGAAACAAAGAAAAACAACUCCCCUGUAGAACUAGAUCCUUUACCCCAUUGAAUUGCUGUUAGAGUGAUGAGACUUGAAAUGGGCAUUUAUUAUGAAUAUGAUAGUAUGGCUCCAAAAAAAAGACAAAAAUUACAAAAUCUACAAAAAAAAAACAACAAAACAAAAUGUGUUGGGUUGGGGGGUGGGGGUUGGGGGGUGGCAAAUAGAUGGGUUAGAUGUGGGUAUGUGAGCUAUGGCUGUGGCAAUGAUAAUGUAGUUUUAAAACAUUAUUGUUAUUACCUUUUAAAUCAUUUAUCCAAUAAAAAAUCUGAAAGAACAA